AUGGAGAAGCAAGACAUCGAACCCCGCGUGGUCGAAGCGGCAGCGCCCGAAUUCGAUCCCGCAUUGGAGAAGAAGUUGCUGCGAAAGCUGGACUGGCGAGUCAUCCCAGCACUAUGGUUUCUCUUUUUAGUCUCCUUCAUGGAUCGUUCCAAUAUUGCAAAUGCGAAGAUUGCGGGUAUGUCCAAGGAGCUGCACUUGGUGGGGAAUGAUUACAACCUCGCUGUCACCAUGUUCACGGUCGCAUACGUAAUUUUCGGAAUGCCUGCCAACUUGCUGGUCAAGAAAUUUGGGCCCAAGAUGUUGGUCCUCUACAUGUUUACCUGGGGUCUAUUUGUGAUGGGACAAGGUCUCACGAAGACCGCGACGGGGCUGAUUGCGUGUCGGUUCUUCAUGGGAAUGUGUGAGGCAGGCUUUGUUCCUGGCUGCGCAUACCUGAUCGGAAGUUACUACAAGCGGGAUGAGUUUCUUCGUCGCUACGCAAUUUUCUUUAGUGCAAACAUGGCAGCUGGAGCAUUCAAUGGGCUUUUCUCGAGUCUUUUGACGCACUUGAAGUUGGAUGGAUAUGCAGGAUGGAGAUGGCUCUUCUUGAUAGAGUCGAUCAUUACGAUGGGAGUCAGCAUUAUCUGCUACUGGAUCGUCGUUCCAUUUCCAGAGGACGCGACAUUUUUGACCCCCGAGGAGAAGGCGCUGUUGCUUGCGCGUCUGGAGGCCGAUGGGGGAAGCACCCGUGACGACCCUAUUUCACUCCCUCGAGUGAUAAAAAUGGCUCUGGACUGGAAGAUCUGGAUUUGUGUUCUGGCCUAUCUCGCGGCCGAAGAAAGCGCCAGCUCCUUGGUAUACUUUCAGCCCACUAUCCUCAAGGAUCUAGGAUGGACUAGUCGCUCAGCACAAGAACACAGCAUCCCUGUCUACGCAGUCUCUUUCGUCCUUACGCUUUCCAGUGCCUGGUUGAGUGACUAUCUCCGCCACCGAUAUCUCUUCACCUUGUUCGGCUCGAUUUUGGUUGUGAUUGGUUGGAGUGUGGAGCUUGCACAAGUGCCCUCCGCCGGUGUUCGAUACAUGGGCAUGUUUUUUGUCGCCUCUGGGGCAUUCAUCAUGAUGUCGAUCACUGUGGUAUGGCUGUGCAUCAACUUGGGGAAGGGAGUCAAGCGUAGCGUUGGUAUGGGUUUGCUUCCGGCCUUUGGCAACUGCGGGGCUUUCGUAUCAGGUAACGUCUUCAUUACCAGCCAGGCACCCAGAUACCCGACUGGUUUCGGGGUCGGCCUCGCAUUCGGGGUGGUGGCAGGGUUGGCCUGCACUGUGUAUUUUGUUGGCCUCCGGGCAGAGAAUCGCCGCCGUGCAAAUCAACCGCUGCAAGACUGGCAGUCGGAAAGCACGAAAGAUCUGGGUGAUGCUCAUCCCGACUUUCGCUUCCAGUUGUAG